ACCUUUUUGAUUGUUUCAUUUCUCUUUGUAUCAUCACCGAUCUUCAUAUCUUGCUUGCCUAGUCACCAAAACAGGGGAGCUCAAUGGACUAUGCCCAACCCAUGCUUGUUACCUUCAUCUUCAUCAUAACAAAGUUGGUUGUUUCGGGAAAGCACAUACCAACAACUUUAGAAGGCCCCUUUGAUCCUAUAACCAUCCGUUUUGAUCCGUCUCUACGUCGCGGCAGUGAAGACAUACCGAUGGAUGAUCCGAGGUUGAAGAAGAAUGUGACCUCUAUGUUCCCAGAACAAAUUGCUCUUGCUUUAUCCACACCAUCUUCAAUGCGGAUUUCCUGGGUUACUGGGGAUGCACAGAUUGGUCCCAAUGUGACUACCCUUGAUCCUACAUCAGUUGCCAGUGAGGUUUUGUAUGGGAAAGAAAGUGGAAAGUAUACUAGCAAAAGAAGAGGAAAUGCAACUGUUUAUAGCCAAUUCUACCCUUUUGAGGGGCUCCUGAAUUAUACCUCUCCCAUCAUUCACCAUGUUAAAAUUGAUGGUCUGGAGCCAGGGACAAAGUAUUACUACAAGUGUGGAGAUAGCUCGCUUCCGGCUAUGAGCGAAGAGCACGUGUUCGAAACUUUGCCGUCACCUGCCCGAAAUUCCUAUCCUCCUAGAAUAGCGGUUAUAGGAGAUUUAGGUUUAACCAGAAAUUCAUCAACAACCAUUGAUCAUCUGACAAAGAAUGACCCCUCAUUGAUCUUAAUGCUUGGAGACUUGGCGUAUGCGGAUCAGUACCUUACGACCGGCGGGAAAGGUGUUCCAUGCUUUUCGUGUGCUUUCCCAGAUGCACCAAUUAGAGAGACAUAUCAACCUCGUUGGGAUGGAUGGGGAAGGUUCAUGGAGCCACUGAUAUCAAGAGUUCCUAUGAUGGUCAUUGAAGGCAACCAUGAAAUUGAACCUCAAGUAGCUGGGAUCACUUUCAAAUCGUACAUGGCAAGGUUUGCGGUUCCAGCUGAGGAGUCUGGUUCUAACAGUAACUUUUAUUACUCUUUUGAUGCUGGAGGGGUACAUUUCGUUAUGCUCGGGGCAUAUGUCGACUACAACAGUUCAGGAGCUCAGUAUGCUUGGCUAAAGGAAGACUUAUGCAAACUAGAUCGUACUGUAACCCCGUGGCUCGUAGCAGCAUGGCAUCCACCCUGGUAUAAUAGUUACUCCUCACAUUAUCAGGAAAUUGAAUGCAUGAGGCAGGAAAUGGAACAACUUUUAUACAGAUAUGGUGUUGAUAUUGUUUUUUCUGGUCAUGUUCAUGCUUAUGAGAGGACGAACAGAGUGCAUAAUUAUACAUUAGAUGCUUGCGGGCCUAUCUACAUAACAGUCGGAGAUGCCGGGAACAUAGAGAAAGUAGAUGUCGAUCAUGCAGAUGACCCUGGAAAAUGCCCUUCACAAGGAGACAAUAUACCAGAGAUCGGAGGUGUGUGCCACUUGAAUUUCUCGUCUGGUCCGGCUAAAGGCAAGUUUUGUUGGGAUAGGCAACCAGAGUGGAGUGCAUUUAGAGAAAGCAGCUUUGGACAUGGGAUUCUUGAGGUUUUGAAUUCGACAUACGCGUUGUGGACUUGGCACCGGAAUCAGGAUGUAUACAAGGAGGAUAGUCCCGGCGAUCAAAUCUAUAUAGUGAGACAGCCUGAAUUAUGCUCUCCAUAAAGUGAUUUCCCACUUCAACAUCUGCU